AGGAGAAGAGGCCGGGCCCCGGCGACCCGCCCGCCCUGAGCCGAGCCCAUUGUUUGCGGAGGGGGAGGAGCGGGACGAGCGCCGCAGCAGAGCCCUGUCAGCGAGCGGCGAGGAUGGCGGCGGAGCUGACGGCCGAGGAAGAGCAGGCCACCAAACAGUUCCUGGAGGAGAUCAACAAGUGGACGACCCAGCAUGGCAUCUCUCCUCUUUCCUGGAAUGCUGCAGUCAAAUUCCUCAUGGCCAGAAAGUUUGACGUAUACCGAGCCAUUGAGCUCUUCCACUCAUACCGGGAUACAAGGUUGAGAGAGGGUAUCGUAAAGUUGAAACCUCAUGAAGAACCUCUUAGAUCUGAGCUGCUGAGUGGCAAAUUCACUAUCCUGAGCGUACGCGAUCCAUCUGGAGCAUCCAUUGCCCUUUUCACUGCCAAGUUACAUCAACCCAACAAAACUCUGCAGCACGUGGUCUUGCAAGCCUUGUUCUACCUGCUUGAUCAAGCUAUUGAAAGUUUUGAAACUCAGAGAAAUGGGCUGGUGUUCAUUUACGAUAUGGCUGGCUCGGCGUACACUAAUUUUGAAUACGACCUUAGCAAAAAAAUUCUUCACCUUUUGAAGGGAGCCUUUCCCGCUCGAUUGAAAAAAGUAUUCAUUGUUGGGGCACCUGUCUGGUUUCGAUUCCCAUAUUCCGUUCUAAGCUUAAUUCUUAAAGAAAAGCUUCGGGAAAGAGUGCAAAUGGUGAAGACAUAUGAGCUGAAACUGUACCUCCCCAGGGAUUGCCUGCCUGAGCACUUAGGUGGGACCCUGAAAUUGGACCAUUCCAGCUGGAACAAGCAGUUUUUAAUGUCACCAAAUGGACACACUGACUCGCUGGACGAGCUCAUCGCAGGCUUCCCGAAGGAUGAAGUGUCCGUACACGUGCCGGGGCUAGAAGGGAUGACAGUGGAAGAGCUGCUAGACCACGUCAACACCGUUCAGAAGAGGGGAAUCUUUGAGGAGUAUGAAGACAUCCGGCGAGAGACCCCUCCGGGCACAUUCAACUGCUCGUUACAACCAUACAAUCAACAGAAGAACCGAUACGGGGAUGUACUGUGCUUGGACCAAACGAGAGUAAAGUUGAAGUCUCUCAAUCACGAUGAGAGAACAGACUAUAUCAAUGCCAGUUUCAUGGAUGGUUAUAAACAGAAGAAUGCCUACAUUGGCACACAAGGACCAUUAGAAAAGACAUACAAUGACUUUUGGAGAAUGGUAUGGGAACAGCAAGUCCUCGUCAUUGUUAUGACUACAAGAAUUGACGAGAGCGGCAGGAAGAAAUGUGGUCAGUACUGGCCACUGGACCAGAACAAUCAGGGGAACUAUGGACUUAUUUCUGUCAAAAACCUGGAAGUAGAAAACUUUAAACAUUAUAACAAAACAACACUAUCAAUUCAUAAUGUAGAGACCCAUGAGAGACGCCAGGUGAUUCACUUCCAGUACCUAAGCUGGCCGGAUUAUGGCGUCCCAUCUUCAGCAGCUGCUCUCAUUGACUUCCGGUCCGCCGUCCGACAACAGCAAGGCCACUCUGUCCGCAACCUGGGCAACAGGUGGAAGGGCCACCCUGAGGGGCCACCCAUAGUCGUCCACUGUAGUGCUGGCAUCGGAAGGACUGGCACCCUGUGUACUUUGGAUAUAUGCCUUUCUCAGCUAGAUGAUGUGGGCACCCUCAACGUCUACCAAACCGUCCGCCGGAUGCGAACACAACGAGCCUUCAGCAUUCAGACUCCCGACCAGUAUUACUUCUGUUACACAGCCAUCAUUGAGCAUGCUCAGAGGCAGAACCUGCUGUCAGCCAAUCAUUAACAAGAGAAUCAACUCUCCCCACCCCCCCACCAUGGCCAUCCUUCCUCUGCCCCUCUCUCCUGUGUAGAUCAUAAACCACAUCUGCACACAUGCAGAUGGCUUCCUACAAUAGACAACUAGUACAGCUGUAGACAGCCACCUUUUGUGAUCAUACCAGAUCCUAGAUUUAGUACUAGCCUUAAUUACUUGGAUAUGACUUAUUUUACAAAAGUUUUAAUGCCAUCAUUACCAGUAGCUAUCUUCAUGGAGCAUAUAGACUUUUCCUGAAGAAAAUAUGUUACAAUUCAUUUAUUCCAUUAUGUAGCAUUAGAGAUAAAUUCUACGGUACAAAGACAUGAACAGCCAUUGAGAAACGAAGGCUAUAAUUUCUUCACAGAGACCAAACUUCAAUCUUUAGGCAGCAAGUGGCUCCAGAGAGAAUUCUGUAAUGUGUUGUCUGUGGACCAGACUUUUGAUUUUUCUUUUGAGAAAGAAACUUGUUUAUGACAUAAGAAGAAGAAAAAAAAACAAAAAAUAUUACCUCCAGCAUCAUCUGAGGGAUGGCAGCAAGCACUGAUCUGUACAUCUGUUACCUCGGGCUGAGAUUCACUUCAGGAUUGCCACAUGGACUCUGCCCUGGAGGCUGUACCCACAUCAACAUCGUUCCUGGAAUGAGCUGUAGAGCUUGACGUUGUCAGCUGAGCUGUGUAUUUGUCACUGAAGUCCGUGCCUGUGAGAUGAGUUUACUCUUUGUGCCUUCUUGUCUGUUACUCCAGCUGCAGCUGUACGUACUGGCAGCCAGAGUAUUGUUCAAAGCUAAACCUUUCUCUCAGGGGCUUUUAUUUACUUUUCUACCCCCUCUCCUACCCCGCCCUCUCCCCCCGCCCUCUCUCCCCCCGCCCCCUCUCCCGCCGCCCCCUCUCCCACCCCCCCUCUCCCACCCCACCCUUUCUCCCACCCCGCCCUCUCCCGCCCGCCCUCUCCCCCACCCCGCCCUCUCCCCCCACCCUGCCCUCUCUCCCCACUCCCCUCUGCACUCCCCUCUGUGCCACCUCUCGCCCUCCCUCACCCCUUCCCCACUCACUUGUUCAUUCCUGCUCUUUUUCCCUUUUAUUCUACAGGCUGUUUUCUUGUUCUUUCUCACUUUGUUUCACUCUUCAUAGUCUUGCCUUUUCUUGGUUUCUCUCUCUCUCUCGCAAUCUCUUGAACUCUCCUUCUCCCCCCUCCCCGUCGUACUCCCCCCUCCCCGUCGCACUCCCCCCUCCCCGUCGCACUCCCCCCUUCCCCGUCGCACUCCCCCCUUCCCCGUCGCACUCCCCCCUUCCCCGUCACACUCCCCCCGUCGCACUCCCCCCCGUCGCACUCCUCCCCUCCCCGUCGCACUCCUCCCCUCCCCGUCGCACUCCCCCCUCCCCAUCGCACUCCCCCCCUCCCCGUCGCACUCCCCCCAUCCCCGUCUCGCACUCCCCCAUCCCCGUCU